GUUUAGCGUGUGCGCUAAGCCCUGUUAACGAACGUGGAACAUCUACCACUCAUACUUAGUCUGAUGAUCAUGCAUCUGAUUAUGAUGUCAUUGCUAUACAUGCGCAUGCGCAGCGCGCGCCACUCUCCCACGCAUGCAUUCCAAAUCUUGCUUUAGAGAGAGAGAAGGAGAAAAGAGAGACUCCUUUGUCACUUUUGCUUUCUGACGACUUGACUGUUCACUGGUUUGUCCGUCAGUGUCAAUUUCCUACAUUUUUCAACGGUCAUGCCAAGAACACGGAGCACCUCACGGGGUGCAAGCGCUGCUGGCACUGACGCUGACGGUCCCCCAGCUCUAUACCCGUAUCCGCAGCGGGCUGUGAAUUCUGCGAAUUCUCAAGACCAUCGGAGAGCAAGGUCCCGUGUGAUCCAUGCUCAUGGGCACAUUUCAGCCAAUGCGGACCAGGUGACUUCUCCUGCGCCGUCACAACCAGCUCCUCUCACCCUGAGCGACCUGACUGGUGUUAUCCAGCCCCUCCUGGAGCGCGUGGAGCGCUUGGAAUCCAACGUCGUCGCCCCUACCACCUCGCCCAUUGCCGCACCAGCACCCGCACCAGCACCAGCAUCAGCUCCUCUCCCGCUGGGGCAGCCUUCCCCGAUGCACUUUGCUUGCGCAGCCGGCUCUCCAGGACUCCCCGUCAUCCCUCCACGGCUACGGGAACGUAUCACACGAGGUAUUCAGGCACCAGGCCCCGGAAGCAGCAGCCGAGCCAGAUCAGCCAGUCUUGCCAACUCUCCGUUGACAGACUCCGUGCUACAGCUAGCAGCACUGGCAAUAGCACCAUCCUCCCGCCGGACGUAUUCUACCGCCGAGACCCGCUACUUCCAGUUCUGCCAAGUGCAUGCCUGCAACCCAUUGCCGGGCGACGACUUUACUUUGUGCUAUUUUGCUGCCGAGUUGUUCAGGACUCUUCAGCCUCGAUCUGUCCGUGUCUACAUGUCGGCAAUCCGCAACCUUCAUGUGGAACUUGGCUUUGCUUACCCGUCGGGCCCAACAACUCUCCUCGCUAGGGUCCUGCGGGGCAUCGACAGGUCGUCAUCGACACAGCGUCAUCGUCUGCCGAUAACCACUCCACUUCUCAGGGAGAUCUGCCGGCAUGUUGCCGUUCCACGCAUGCGGCACCCUCACGACAAGGCCAUGCUAAGGGCAGCUUUUUCCUUGGCGUUUCAUGGGUUCUUCCGUUGUGGAGAACUGACUGCUGGCCUGAGGCGAUGUGAUGUGACGAUCAGUACUGACCAGCGGUCGUUAUCGGUAAACGUGCGCUCAUCUAAGACGGACCCCGACAGCACGGGCCACACAGUAUUGGUUGGAGCCAGCACGGACGCACUGAUCUGCCCAGUGCAGGCCAUGGCAAACUACCUGGCGUUUCGCCCCGGCGGCGACCAUCUGUUCACUUAUGCUAAUGGCCAGCCGCUUACAAGAAAUGCAGUGUCCUCUGAGCUGCGCAACCUGCUGCCACUCUGUGGGGUCACGGACCCGAGUGCAUAUGCCAGUCACUCUUUCCGGAUUGGCGCCGCAACAUCAGCGGCCAUGGCAGGUGUCCCCGAACACAUCAUCCGUAUCAUGGGUAGAUGGCGCAGUGAUGCGGUCCACCGCUACAUCCGGGCUGCUACAGCUGACACCCUGCGAGUGUCACGUCAAUUAGCUGCAGUUCAAAGUCAUCAAUGGUAGCUGCGGGUUAGUGACCACAUCAUGCCUGAACUGCUUAGCUUUAGCUUUACAUUGCUGCUGUCAGUACAGCACAAUACACCAGUCGUAUUUCAUUAUUACUCUCAUGCCAUAUUGGGGAUAUUGGGAACGGGCAGUCUAUCUCCGCAGCUGGCUCAUUUGAAUCACUACCGGUCGCAGCUCCUGCCCACGGCAGGCCGACCGUCUCUCGUUCACACUCUGUGUGCUCCAGGUCACAGCUCCUGCGCAGAGCAGGCCGACCUGUCUGUCUCUCUCUCACACACACUAUGUGUGCACCGGGUCACAGCUCCUGCGCAGAGCAGGCCGACCUGUCUUUCUCAUGCACGCCAGCUGCUCCGCCCAAUAUCCCUGA